UGAAGAUGAACAACGGCGCGAAUGGCACGAAUUAUAUCAUGACACAUCCUCCAAUUGAUAUGGAGAAGGGACGACCCGAUAUUCAGCAACAAGAAAAGUUCUCAAGAUACCAGCAUGCCGAUUUCCGGGCAUAUGGCAGCAUGAACACUCACAUGUUCAAUCCUGCAUGUUCUCCAUCUGUGUGGCCGCCAGCCGUUCAUCAUCAAUAUACAUUGGACCAAUCAAACUAUGGCGAGUCUCAAGCUAAGACUUUCGUGCAAUCCUCUCUUGCCCCGUCUGGUCGAAUUCCAGAGGCAAUCGGCAAUGCCAUUGACGACCACGACCGUUGCAAAUACCGUCUUCGAAAAGAACAUAUUCCCCAGAGGAUGUGGCUUGAGCUCGUCACCUGCACUUGGACCUACAGAUAAUCAAUAUGCUAUGGAUCCAUCUAACUUUUCAAUCGAGCGGGAUGGUCGUAAGGAGACGGCGAUUCGAUUACACUGUUCAUUUCCCCAAUGUUCAACGACCUGUUCGGGACAUUACGCCGUCGGCAACAUGCAGCGCCACGUGAAGCAAAAGCAUGGCGAGGUCGAGAUGUUGCUUAUAUGUGAGGUAUGCAAACACGAGUUCAGACGGGGCGAUGCAUUGAAGAACCACCAAAGAGAAAGUCAUGCCGAACUGGGCAUCGAACCGAUGCAAAAGAGAGGCCCGGUUGGAAAGAGGAGGAUCUUGGAAGGCUAACCCCCCUCUCCGGAAUUCAUCGAGGAUUGUGUUCAGUCAUCCACAGGUUAACGUUAACGGGUUUCUCCUUGUUGUUUUCGACUGGAUAUUAGAUACCUAGUUUUGAUAGUGUGGUUGGGAUAGGAGAUGUUUGGUUGAAAGGUAAAAUGUCCCGGUACCAAAGA